AUGGCCGACGGGGAAGACGGCUGCCCGGCGGGGCGGGAGCGGGUGCCGGAGCUGGGGCCGGGGCCGGGAGAAGAGUUCGAGAUCGUGGACCGGAGCCAGCUGCCUGGACCGGCAGAGCUGCGGAGCGCGGCGAGGCCGCGGGCGGCGGCGGAGGGGUGGUCGGCGCCCAUCCUGACCCUGGCGCGCAAGGCCACAGGCAACCUGUCGGCGAGCUGCGGCAGCGCGCUGCGUGCGGCCGCGGGACUGGGCGGUGCUGACGGCGGCGCGGACGGUGCGGCGCGCGCAGCUUCCAAGUGCCAGGUGAUGGAGGAGCGUACCAACCUGAUGCACAUGAUGAAACUCAGCAUCAAGGUCUUGCUGCAGUCGGCCCUGAGUCUGGGCCGCAGCCUAGAUGCGGACCAUGCUCCCUUGCAGCAGUUCUUUGUGGUGAUGGAGCACUGCCUCAAACAUGGGCUAAAAGUUAAGAAGAGUUUUAUUGGCCAAAAUAAAUCUUUCUUUGGUCCUUUGGAGCUGGUGGAGAAACUUUGUCCAGAAGCAUCAGAUAUAGCUACUAGUGUCAGAAAUCUGCCAGAAUUAAAGACAGCUGCGGGAAAAGGCCGAGCUUGGCUUUAUCUUGCACUUAUGCAAAAGAAACUGGCAGAUUAUCUGAAAGUGCUUAUAGACAAUAAACAUCUCUUAAGUGAGUUCUAUGAGCCUGAGGCAUUAAUGAUGGAGGAAGAAGGGAUGGUGAUCGUCGGUCUGCUGGUGGGACUCAAUGUUCUUGAUGCCAAUCUCUGCUUAAAAGGAGAAGACUUGGAUUCUCAGGUUGGAGUGAUUGAUUUUUCCCUCUACCUUAAGGAUGUGCAGGAUCUUGAUGGUGGCAAAGAUCAUGAAAGAAUUACUGAUGUCCUUGAUCAAAAAAAUUACGUGGAAGAACUUAACCGGCACUUAAGCUGCACAGUUGGGGAUCUUCAAACCAAGAUAGAUGGCUUGGAAAAGACUAAUUCAAAGCUUCAAGAAGAGCUUUCAGCUGCAACAGACCGGAUUUGUUCACUUCAAGAAGAACAGAAACAAUUAAGAGAACAAAAUGAAUUGAUUCGUGAAAGAAGUGAAAAGAGCGUAGAGAUAACAAAACAGGAUACAAAAGUUGAGCUGGAGACUUACAAGCAAACCCGGCAAGGUCUGGAUGAAAUGUAUAGUGAUGUGUGGAAGCAGCUGAAGGAGGAGAAGAAGGUCCGUCUGGAACUAGAAAAAGAACUGGAGUUACAAAUUGGAAUGAAAACCGAAAUGGAAAUUGCGAUGAAGUUACUAGAAAAGGACACCCAUGAGAAGCAGGACACUCUGGUCGCCCUCCGCCAGCAGCUGGAAGAAGUCAAAGCGAUUAAUUUACAGAUGUUUCACAAAGUUCAGAAUGCAGAGAACAGUUUACAGCAGAAGAAUGAAGUCAUCACAUCUUUUGAAGAAAAAAACAAUCAAGUAACGUCCAGCAUGAAACAAAUAGAAGAAAGGUUGCAGCUCUCAGAAAGGGCGAGGCAGCAGGCGGAGGAGCGGAGCCGUGCCCUGCAGCAGGAGCUGGGCGGGAGGACCGGGGCGCUGCAGCAGCAGCUCUGCGAGCUGCACCAGCAGUGCUCAAGUCUAGAGAAAGAGUUGAAAUCAGAAAAAGAGCAAAGACAAGCUCUUCAGCGAGAAUUACAGCAUGAGAAAGAUACCUCCUCUCUACUCCGAGCAGAGCUACAACAAAUAGAAGGAUUAAAAAAGGAGCUGCAGGAGCUCCAGGACGAGAAGGCUGACUUACAGAAGGUUUGUGACGAGCAGGAACAAGCCCUCCAGGAAAUGGGACUGCACCUCAGCCAGUCCAAGUUGAAGAUGGAAGACAUCAAAGAAGUAAAUAAGGCACUGAAGGGCCACACUUGGCUGAAAGAUGAUGAAGCCACGCGGUGUAAGCAGUGUGAAAAGGAGUUCUCCAUUUCCCGGAGAAAGCACCACUGCCGCAACUGUGGCCACAUCUUCUGCAGCACCUGCUCCGGUAACGAGCUGGCCCUGCCCUCCUACCCCAGGCCAGUGCGAGUGUGCGACAGCUGCCACACCCUGCUUCUGCAGCGCUGCUCCUCCACCAGCUCCUGAGGGCGGGGCCCGCCGGAGCCUGCCUUCUGCACCAACUGCAGUCCUCGCCAGGGCUGUGGGCAGCCUUGGAUCAGUGCCAAACGCUCUGGCUCUCAGGGCAUGACCAGGACUUGGGAGGUUUGUUUCCCAAGAGAAUCAAAGGAAAGAGUAAGAUCCUCGCUGGGCUGCUGGUACUCGGAACACAGCCUGCCCAACUGGAAGCCGCACCACUUUCUCUUCCGAAUUGUAUGGAAUUAACUCCUCAGGGUUAAAACUCUUCUCACUUGGCCACAUCACUAGCUUUGGCUCAGAUGUAACUUCAUGAUUUUGCUGUAAUUUUUCACUUUUCAAAGAGUUAACCUACUUUGCCGCAGUUGCACUAGUAUCGUGAGUAAUCCGUUCCUUUCUCUCCCCGCAGUGCGCCUUCCCUGCUUCAGAGUCGAGAGAUUUGCCAUUUCGUACCCUUGUGAAUAUCUGUUAUUGGCCCUGCAAUAAAAUCACUUAUUUUUCA